UCUCCGGCCCGGAAAAGAAAAAAAAAGUGCUGGAGCAUCAUUACUCUGAUUGCCUUCGCCGGUCUUCCUCCCCGCUUCCCCCAUCUCCACUCCUCUCCGCGAUCCAAACCCUAAGCCGCGGUGACCCGAUCGCGCCAUGGAAGCGGCGGCUCCGUCGCCGCUGCUCCAUAGCCCCCCGCACAUCACCCCAGAGCUCCGGCGCUUCCUAGACGUCCGCUUUCGCUCCCCGGCCGACCUCGCCGCGGCCGCCGACGUCGAGGCCGAGAUCCGCGGGCGCUGCGCGGAGCUCGAGUCCUCGGUCGCCGAACUGUCCGCCCGCCUCGCCGAUGUGGUCGCCGCGUACUCCUCUUCCCUCGGGGCCGCUGGCUCCGCCCUCCGCAGCGUGCGUGGUGGCCUUGCCGCCCUCAAGGCCUCCACCGACAAGACGGGGGUUAGAGAAGACGUGGAGGCUGGGAGCGAGAGGAUGCUGUUUGAACAACUCCCUCCCCUGGCCACCGACGUGUCGAGAGUGGACAUGGUUAGAGAUUACGCUGAAACGGCUCUAAAGCUUGACGGUUUGAUCGGUGAUGUAGAAGACGCUGUUUCCUCUUCUGUGACUGCAAAACUUAAAUCUCGUGGAGAAAAUUCAGAGAAAACCCACCAUGUUGCUAUUGGAUAUCUUAAAAAGAUAGAAGAUCUUUUAGCUUCAGUUACAAGGACCAGACCACAAUGGACUCGCCUUAUAUCUGCAGUGGAUCACAGAGUGGACAGAUCUCUAGCUUUACUAAGACCACAAGCUAUUGUUGAUCAUCGUGCUCUUCUGUCAUCCCUUGGCUGGCCUCCUUCCCUUGCGGGAACAAAAAUUUCAGAUAGUAAUUCUGGGAAACCGGCAGAGACUGUGAACCCAUUAUUUUCAAUGAAGGGUGACUUGACAAGGAAGUAUUCUGAAAGCUUUCUUUCGCUCUGUAAUCUACAAGAAUUACAGAAACGCAGAAAAGCUAGGCAACUACAAGGGCACGACAUGGGAAAUCAACCACGUCAACCAUUAUGGGUGAUAGAGGAGUUAGUAAAUCCAUUAUCUGCUGCUGCACAACACCAUUUCUCCAAAUGGGUUGAGAAUCCUGAAUUUGUAUUUGCUCUUGCUUAUAAGAUAACAAGAGAUUUUAUUGAUUCCAUGGAUGAGAUACUGCAGCCCCUUGUAGAUAAGGCCAAUCUUGUAGGGUAUAGCUGCAGAGAGGAGUGGAUUUCAGGUAUAGUUAUUGCACUGUCUACAUACUUGGCGAAAGAGAUAUUUCCAAAGCAGAUUGAACUUCUUCAAGAAAGUAGCUCAAGUGAUGCAAGCAGCACGGCGGCUCAGGCAAGAGUCUCAUGGCUUAACCUUGUUGAUCUGAUGAUAUCUUUUGACAAGCGAACUCAAGAUUUGAUCUCCGGUACAGGACUGCUAUUUUCAGUAAAGGAUGAUGAGAAUUGGCAGAGGAUCUCGGUGCUCUCUGUCUUCUGUGAUCGUCCAGACUGGCUUGAAAUAUGGGCAGAGAUUGAGAGACGGGAGGUUUUCGCUAGCCUGAAAUCAGCAAUGGAGAAUGAAAAUAAUUGGAGUAAGAGGAUUGAAGGAGCGAUACUUGAGUAUGGAUCAGAUGACUGCAAAUCUCCAGCAAUAACCGGUGCUGUUAAACAUGGCUUGUCUUUGAUAAUUGAUCGUGCUAGGCCUAUUCCUAGCAUUACCCUUAGGGCAGAAUUCAUUAGGAUUUCUGCUUCACCCAUAAUAUCAGAAUUCCUCGGUUGCAUGUUUAGGAGGUGCCAAGAGGCAGAGGGGCUAACUGCUCUGGCCGAUGAUAAUGCUUUGAUCAAAGUAUCACAGUCCAUUAAUGCAGCUCGGUACGUGGAAUCCACAUUGGCACAAUGGUGUGAGGAUGUGUUCUUUCUUGAAAUGGAAAAUCUAUCUGUAGUUGGAGAAGGGGGUUUUGUAUUCCAGCAAGAUAUAAAUCAACUGAAAGAGUUCAGAUCAGAAUGGGUUGAUAAGAUUUCCACCGUCAUCCUUAGGGCUUUUGAUGCUCGAUCCCGGGACUAUCUGAAAAACAAGAGACAGUGGCAGGAGCAUUCAGAAGAACCAGCUAUAUCCAGAGCUAUCAUAGAGUCUUCAGGCUACAUUCAAGGGAGGCUAUCUAGGCUCGAAGAAGGCCUAAAUGUGCUGGAUUUUGUAACAGUAUGGAGAGCCGUGGCAACCGGAGUAGACCAGCUGCUUUUCACAGGGAUUUUCGCUGGAAGCCCAAAGUUUAGUAAUGGUGGGGUGGAAAGGCUUCAUGCUGAUCUGAGUGUUCUUUUUGCUGUUUUCCAAGCCUGGUGUCUGAGGCCUGAAGGCUUCUUCCCAAGACUGUCCGAGGGAUUGAAAUUGCUGAAGAUUGAUGAGAGGCAACUAAGAGAUAGUAGGUUGGUUACAGAUAAAAUUUGGCUGCGGGGACAUGGUGUUAGGCAUUUGACAGUCGGUGAGGCCGAAAAGAUAAUUAAAAAUAGGGUGUAUGAUGCAUGAUAAUGAUAUAUACAUUAGACAUUGUCAGGCUUGAAUGUCAAAAAUGAAUUGCCAUAUUGGAAUGGACUUCCAUUUUUUUGUAUUUUAUACAAAUUUGUGUCAUCCUCUUUUAGAGAUGUAUCCUCCCCUUGUUUGUUUUUUUUACAUCUAUCUUCCCCUUGUUGAUUGGUGUAAUAAGAUUGUAAUAGUGUGUUUCCCCUUUUGUAACAGAAAAACUGUUUUGCUGACA